AAUUCCUGGAUGAAAAGCUUAGUGAAGCUACUAAUUUGUGAUGUACCCCUGUAAUGAUAUAGGUUUAAAGUAGCAAAUGGUAAAUACCUUUGACUAUUUCCGAGUAGUAACAAGAAAAUUUUCAAAUGAUGUCAUCAACUACACAAUAUUUAAGUCCUCCUCCAAGUAUAACCCUUCCAAAUAUGUCCAUUCCACCACCCACAACUCCUAACUUAUCAGCUCCUCCACCUGCACUAACCACGAUAAGUACGACAACAAAUUACUUACCUAGAUUUACUAAUCACAAAGAUGUUAAUCGAGGGUUUUUUAAACCUUUUCGACCUUAUCAUGCACCUAAAAUUAUUCCUGGCAGUCAAGAAGCUCUUCAAGAUGAAUUUGAUGGCAAAAGGCUUCGUAAAUCUGUUAUGCGAAAAACAGUAGAUUAUAAUUCAGCAAUAAUUAAGACGUUAGAGAAUCGCAUCUGGCAACGAGAUUUUCGUGAUAGACGUGCGCUUCAACCAGAUGUUAUAUAUUAUCCUGAUCUUUUACCACCUCCUAGUUAUAUUGAUAACCCAAUUAAUGCUGUUACAACAAGGUUUGUUAAGACUGCUACUAAUAAAAUGAGAUGUCCCAUUUUUUGCAUGGCUUGGACUCCAGAAGGAAGACGACUCGUUACUGGGGCAUCUAGUGGAGAGUUUACACUAUGGAAUGGUCUCACAUUUAAUUUUGAGACGAUAUUACAGGCACAUGAUAGUCCGGUUAGGACUAUGGUAUGGUCGCAUAAUGAAUGCUGGAUGGUUACGGGAGACCAUGCAGGAUAUGUUAAAUAUUGGCAAAGUAAUAUGAAUAACGUUAAAAUGUUUCAAGCCCAUAAAGAAGCAAUACGAGGAUUAAGGUUGAUUAAAGUUUCUAAAGAUCCUUUUUAUCCUUACAUCCUUGCAUGUUAG